GUGAAGCAGAUCCUCCAAGCUGCCGCUGCCGCCCAGCAGCGAGACAUUUUGUUCCUAGAGGUGCGUAACAACUUGCUCAAGGAGGAGCGUGUUCAGGCAGUCACUCGAUUUCGGCUUCCCCACUUCAAGCGGGUAGCCAAGGUCCUUUUGGGACAGCCGAGUGCUGACUACCUGGAGCACGUGUACGAGCAGCUGCGAAAAGAGAAGCAGGAGAAGGCAGAUGCGGACUUCGAGUUGCAACGCCAGCAGGCCACCCAACAGAAGCUGUUGGAGAUGCAAGAGAAGCAGGCGGAGUGGGCACAGCAGCGAGAAGCUAUGCAGCAGGAGGCUGCUGCCCAGGCUGCUGAAGGAGAGGCUGUUCCAGACGCAGCCCCCAAGGAAGAGGCCCCCAAAGACACGGAGGCGCAGAUGGAGGUGGAUGGCGAGCCCGAGCCGCCUCGAGUGGAGCUAACGGAGGAGGAGAAGAAGCAGUGGUACAAGCGGUCCGACGCGCUCCCGGACCUGGCACCGCAGGCUCUCAGCGCUUGCUUUGUCAACUUCAGCCUUCCCGAUGAGAAAGAAGGCUUCGACGAGGUGCUCUACCCCUGGCAGAGCCCGGUUGCAUCGGAAGACUACUUGCGACAGUGGAUCCAAGAGAACAAGCUGACGACGCGAAUCGAGGACCUCCAGCCCAGUGAGUGGUUCAAAGAGAAGUGGCAGAAGUGGCAAAAGGAUCUUCAGGGCUGGCAUGCGAAGCACGUGGAGUUCAAGGAGCCGGUGGUUUUUUCUGGGCGUUGCGCAGGGGGCAUGAGGGAUGAGGGCUCGACGCAGCUGGGCUUGUUUGGCUCAGGAAUAGGCUUGCAUUGGAAGGCGGCCACCGUGAUGCAAACACCGAAAGUUGCGGAGGUUCGGCCCCGGGCUUUGCCCGCCGUCACCGAGCGCCCGCAGGAAUCCCCGAGGCCCAGCCCGCUGGCGCAAGGCUCUUCGAGCUCCUGGGCAGCUGCUGUGGCCGCUCUGGGUGCCACGGCAGCUGGGUCCAGCCGGCGUCCAGAAGUCCAGUCGCGCAUCCACAGCUUCGGUCGCCUGGUCGUGAGAGCCAAGGCGGCGAAGGGCUUCGCCACUGCAGAGUGGAUGGAAGACACUGCUGCCAGUGACGGCCAGGCCGAGGAGGAGUUCGGCCGGGAGGCCUCUGCCCCUUCGACCUCCAAGCGAAGCAUCGUUCCAAAGAGCAGCUCCUCUUCGGCCAUCAGGCUCUCAGAUGGCAGGAGGCGCAGAUUCGACCCUGGCGUCCUGCGCGACGCGAAAGGGGAGGUACUUCCAGGGGUUUUUGGACUCCAGAACCCGCGAGAGAUGGCCGACAUGUCCUGGGAGUUUGAAGCCCUGGCAGUGGUGCGCGAUCCCGCAUCUGGCAUCCUGGAGGUCGCACUCAACCGACCCAAAGCGCUCAAUGCCUUCAAUCGGGCAACUAGGCUAUGUGGCUGGACCUGCGACGAUGUUUCUUGGACCGCUGUGCAGGUGACUAACUGUUUUGAGAUGGCAUCCGAAGAUCCGGAGACGCGUUGCGUACUGCUCCACGGUGGUGAGUCGCGCCUCUUCACCGCCGGGCUCGACCUGAAGAGCGAGAUUGGUGGCUUCCCGACUGGUGACGCCAAGCUCGACGUGAGCCGCAAGGCCUUCCGAAUGGAGCCCAUCAUCAAGCGAUGCCAAGAGGGCAUCUCCAGCAUCGAGCGCUGUCGGAAGCCCGUGGUCGUGGCGCUUCACAACGGCAUCGUGGGAGCCGGGGUAGACUUGGCCAGCGCCUGCGACAUCCGCUACUGCACUGAGGACGCUUGGUUCUCUAUCGCAGAGGUCAAUGUUGGCUUGGCAGCUGAUGUGGGCACCCUUCAGCGAUUGCCCAAGAUCGUCGGCAAUGACUCCGUGGUUCGAGAGCUUGCAUUCACGGGGCGGCGUUUGGCCGCAGCGGAGGCAAAAGAGUUGGGCCUUGUCGGCAAGGUUCUGCCCUCACGCGAGGUGUGCCUGGCCGAAGCCCGGAAGAUUGCGCAGGAGAUUGCCUCAAAGUCCCCGGUGGCCGUGGUGGGCACAAAGGUGAGCUUGAACUACAGCAGGGACCACUCGGUCCAAGAAGGCUUGGACCAGAUCCUGCAGUGGAACUCCAUCCAUCUCAUGUCCGAAGACCUCAUGAAGGCUGCCCAAGCCUCGCUGAUGAAGACCAAGGAGAACCUUCCAAACGGAGAACAGGAUGCUCCGGAGCCCGAAGGCGCCAAGGAGCUCUACCAGUGGAUGGAGGCCAAGGGCUGUACAGGCCUGGAUGACGUGCAGCUCCUCCUCGGCGGUGGGGUGGCCCUGCGCAGGAAAAGCCAAUGUGGAAGUGCCAAGCAGGAUCAGGCCGGGUUCGACGAGACUGCGCAUCUUCGGGGCUGGUUGAGCAGCGAGCUGUAA